AUGAAGAUCUUCCACGUUCUCCUUGCUACCAUUAUCGCCGGCGUCAUCGCUGCCCCUUCCCCUCGGAUCUCGAAGAGGACAAAUCUCCUUGCCAGACACGAAUGCGAAGAGACGCCUACCAACUGUGACUCUCACACUGAUCCAGAGAAUCCAGAAGAAGAAUGUCUUUUCUGCUGCGCUGAUGCUGUUGCGCCCUUGGGAGCGGAUUGUCACCUUGACGGUGUUGUCUCUUGCGAUACGCAAAACGACGGACCCGGUCUUGUAUGGCACUGUGAUGAUCCUCACAGACGCAUGCGCAGUUAA